UGUCCAAGGGGUGUUUAUCUGAAUGAAAAUCUUCGGAUCUUCGGAUUAUUCGCCAAAUAUUCGGAUGAUUCGCCAAGAUUCGGAUUAUUCACCAAGAUUCGGUUGAUUCGCCAAUAUUCGGUUGAUUCGCUAAGAUUCGGUAGAUUCGCCUAUAUUUUUUAUACACAAAUAACACUUUUUAGGCAAAAAACUAUAACUUUUAAGCAUUUCGCGUAUUAUAGACGUACCUAAAUGUGUUUGUUUGAAUUUUUUGUACUAUGUUUCAAAUUUAGAACAAUUUUUUUGUAGAAAAAGGUUCUCAAAUCGUCGGAAAAUUCGAUUCUCUAACUUCGGGUCCAAACUGUGCUUAAAACCACGUUUUAUACAUCACAUAUUUGUUUCGUAGAAUAUGGCCUGUAGGCCGUCAGCUUUUUGUUGGUCAAGCUGGUAACAGAUAUUGAGUCAGGCUACAACAUAUCAAAAUUUAAAAGAUUUGCCUAAUUUGGAUUCGGAGAUAUUGCCCCUUAAAGUUAGGCAAUUUUUGUUUUUGUUUUUAGCGCAUCUUGCGAAUGUUUUUGAAACUUGAAAUGUUCUAAACAGUUGUAGGGCUUCUCUAUACCUAUUUGAUACCAAGAUGAUUAAAAUCGGUCAAGCCGUUCUCGAGUUAUAUCGAAAAAACACUUUUUGCUUUAGGCCGCCAUAUUUGCUAAACGGCUUGACCGAUUUUUAAGUAUGAGUUGUCGAUGAAAACGUCUCACUGAGCUCUACAAUAUACUAAAAUUUCAGACCUCUAGCUAUAAGGGAAGUGGAUGACGGUAUUUCAAAAUGGCGGACGGCGGCCAUCUUGGAUUUUGAAAAUGCGAAAAAAUGAAAUUUUACACCCACAUUUCUAUAGAAAACUUCAAACCAGAAGUCUCUAUCUCUUGCCGUUCGAAAGUUAUAAGGCAAAGAUUAGGCGACCGGCCGGCAGGCCGGUCGGAUCAAAAAUGUCACUCCAACUUUUUCGUAAUGUGGGGUGACUAAAACACCUAAAAUAUAACUUAAACGAAGUUUGAACGCGGUCUGAGGUAGUCAGUUAUUCCGACAUUAACUAUUCAUGAAGAAUAUUGAUCAAAAUUCGCAAAUAUUUGCAUAAUUUCCCAAUAUUCGCCAAUAUUCGUGAAGAUUCGGAUUAUUCGCCAUGAUUCGGAUGAUUCUCUAAGAUUCGUCAAGAUUCGCGAAGAUUCGCCUAAAAUACCCAAAGAUUCGCCAGAUAAACACCCCUUGCAUUUGUCACAUUUGUGACAGUUCCCAAUUCUCCCUCCCAAGGAAAUCAAUUCAAGAAAUUCUAAAAGGAAAAUUCUCUGAGAAAAAAUGGAAAAUCCCGAGAAGGAAACAGUGGAUCAGGUAGCUGAACUAACGCAGGAAAUUGACCGGGGUAUGAAAAUCCUCGAGGGCUUUCAAAUAAAUUGGAUGAUUGUCCGUGACGCAGACACAGGGAAUAUCAUCUGGCAGGACAAUAAGGACUUCUCCUGCCCAGAUGUGGAGCACGAAGCGAGAGUUCCUGUAAAAAUACUCGAUUUACGAGCAAUUUCGCGAGAGAUUAAUUUUAGUACCGUGGAGGCGAUGGAGAACUUCCGGUUGGAUCAGAAAGUAAAGUUCAAGGGACGCAUUAUGGAGGAGUGGUUCUUCGAGAUGGGCUGGGUGAGUCCCAAUUCCACCAAUACCUGGCAAUCGACAAUUGAAGCAGCGCCCGAGAGUCAAAUGAUGCCCGCCAAAGUACUCAA